AGAAGACAGGAUAAAAUGCUUUGUUUAGUGUCGCCAUAAAAUUAUUAUUUUAGAUAUUUAGUGAGUAGUGGCCGGUGCGUUAGUUGAAAUAAAUUUGGACAGUGUACACAUUUACAAGGAUGUUAACAAAAAGGGUAUUUGUGUGUUUACUUAUCACCUUGAACGUAAUUAUAUGCCAAAAAGACAGUGAUGAAGGUAGGCCCUAUGAGUUUGGAUUUACUAUUGAUGGACAACAGCAUAGACACGAGAAAAAAGAUCAAAAUGGUAUUAUCCAGGGAGAGUUUGGUUUUAUCACAGCCGAUGGAGUGUAUCAUGUUACUGUAUAUGCCACAGAUGAAAAUGGAAAUUUUAAAAUUUUAAGUAUGAGGAAUAUUAGGAUAAGUGCUCCUCUUGACGGUUCACCAGCUCUUGGUCCUAUAUCUCCAGAAGCAUCAAAGUAUCUAAAGAAAGCAAAUUUACCUAGCCCAGCGCCUUCAGCACCAGCAGCUGUUCCAAAACCUUUACCAGCUGCUCCUCAAAAAUUUGAAAGGAUUCAGGAAGCUCCUCCGCCAUCUCCAAGUACCCAAAGGGCUCCAUAUGUUUUCACCACCCUUAGUACAAUUAGACCUGCAUGUGCGGGUUGUGGUUUAGUAACGACACCAAAACCAGGAGAGAAAUUUGUAUUCCAGAAUCCCGCAUUUAGAAAUUCACCAGAAGCAGGUAUUCCAGUUCCUAAUGGUCCACCUUUAUUGGCAAAUUCAGGAACCCCUGGGCUACGUUCUAGAUUCUCCGAUAUAGCUCCUGAUACAGAGCUAUUGCCGCCUGGUUACAAUAAUAAGAUUGUUCAGUCAUCUAAUGAAAAACCAUCUCCAACAUCAGGAAAAAUUCAAAGUUUUGUCAGUCCACAACAAAGUUUUAAUUCUAAAUUUAAAAGUCAAGAUGACUCUGGUAAACUUUCAACUAUAUCUAAUGGUAACGUAGGCUUUGCAAGACCUACUCAAGUUAAAGGGCCACCAAGUCCUGUUAUUAGCAGUAAUGUCGAAUCAGCCUAUCAGCCUGCGGGUAGAACUACAGAUGAUGGUAUUGAAACAUUUGGGGAUGACAGAAUUGCACAAAAUAGAGGUGGGUCUUCUGGAAGUUUUAACAAUUUGCCACAAGUUAAUAAUAUUCAAAACGGUAAUACACAGGCUAAAGGACCCCUUCAAAAUAUAGCAAAAUCUGUUGAAAGUGUGAAUGUAGCAGAUCAAGUUGAAACUGUAGGAAAUAAAAAUAUCUACUCUCAAGAAAAUCUGCAAAAUUAUCCACAAGAUAAAUUUGGCCGACUUAUAGCACCACCCAUUGGCAACGGUCCAAAUCCACUACUGCAACCUCAAGAAGUAGCUAAGUUGCCACCAGUGAUGGUUUCAGAUAAUGUUAUUCAUGUAAUGGGUAAAAAGCCGAUUGAUAUUCCUAUCAAGGACAAAUAUCCAGGAAUGGUGGAUGGUUUACCAACUGGAGUAGAGGUAAAAGAUGUAACCAACAUCCUUUACAAAUUCAAGUACACCGUUGGCUUCCACGGUCAUUAUGAAAAAGGUCUUAAGGAUGGAAGUAAAAUCGGAGGUUACUUCGUCAACGGUCGAGAUGGCAUCAGCAGAAUUGUCACAUAUGUCGCCGACGAAAAUGGCUACAGACCGAAAUUCAAAUUUAUCAAUCUUGGACUAGACUCUGCUGAUACACCCAAUGAAAAAACUGAGAAGACUUUUGGUCUUAAAGAUUUUGAGUUUGUCUGGUAUCCCGUCGAAUAAAAGAAAAUAGAAUUAAUAUUAUAAUUUAUUAAAUAUUAUAGUUAGUUUCUUUAAUUAGUAUAUUUUUAAAUAAGACAUAUUUUUAUAUAAAAGCUAUGUAGUUUUUUACCUCCUACUGAAUUUUCUAGAAACACAUUGGGCAGAUAAAGCCCUUAUAAUA